AAGGGUGGCAUUAGAAAUUUCAUGAUACCGAAAUAUCGGAACAUCGAAAAUCAAGUAUAAUUCAAUUUAUCGAAUUUUUUCAAAUUUUAAGUCAAACUAAUAACUUUAUUGUCAAUUUAAGAGUUGUUUAACAUACAUAUACACGCGGAAGCUGUUACUUAAAACAAUGGCAGUAUCACUGAUUUUUCAGUUGAUUUUAGGUUUAGGUAUUUUGCUUCACAACUUUCCUGCUUUAAUACAAUUCUAGAUACAAUAACUUAUUUUUAAUAUUUCUGAUUCUUCCCAACUGUCUGAGUUUUUGAUAACUACAUCCUCAUAGGACUUUUUGAUUCAAGUUUAGAAGAUCUUAGUAAAGCAAACGAGAUGAAAAUAUUUUUGUUUUUGAGCUGUAUAAUUUUAUCUGGAGCUACAAUCAUACCAAAGGCUCAGUUAGCCGCUUUGUUAAGGAUGUUAAUGGGUACUUCGUCGUUGUCUUCUUUUCUUACACUAGGCAACAAUGGUGAUAAGGCUACAAACACUCUGUCUUCAAGGUUUAUAUUGGCGCCCGGUUCAUCAAGAAAGCGUGAAACACGUGCAUUGUUUGAUUGGCUACUUCCCUAUACAGAUUUUGAUAUCAAUAAUCAAACUGGCAGUUACACAAAUGUAUGCAUCUUCUCUAGAAAUCCAUUGGAAUACCAGCCAAAAUGUUUCCGGUGUCCAAAUGCAGCUUAUGAAUCUAUUUUGAAAGCCUGCGAAGGUUCUGAAUCAGCACCAAAUAAGUUUACCUUUACACAGGCACAAUGUAUGGAAGUAAACUGCGGUAUAAAUUAUCCAGUAGAUGGAAAUAUCGCUUCAGUUCGAGUUAGAAGGCAAAUUUCUAGACAAUCUAAACCUCAAAAGAGUGAAGUGAAUUACGUCGAUGGAAAUUCAACCCAAAAUUCAGAAGAAGAGAAAAGUGCAUAUGAAGAGAUAAAUCCACUGGUUUCUAGGAAAGGUUUCCGAUUAAUAAAUUUACAAAAACAAGUUACCCCACCCCCUGCCCAAUACAAUAACUUACCAUUACGGGCAAGCAAUGCUAUUAAAACUCUUUCUGGUACAAAGAUUUUUUUCUUGGUAUCUAAGGAUACGCCAGUUUCAGAGUAAUCUGAUGCUCGCCCUCAUUUUCAUAAGCUUCCGAGAACCAAACACAAUGACUGUUAGAGUUUUGUAUUACUAAUCUUAAUGUAAGUUCAGAAAUAUUAAGUAGUUUCUUAGGAAGAUAUAUAAUAAAACUUGCUAUUUGUAGUUCUUUUACACCUUCUUCUAUGGUGAUCAGAGGGUUAGAUCAAUUUUUCUUCGGUGAUAGUGGUGUAGUUACCCGAAUGUAUGUAAAAUGUUGUUGGAAUGUACGAAAUAAAAUGUAUUUGUAGAAA